CCAGAAGACACAGUAGAACCUACAUUUUUGUGUGACUUCGUAAAUUUAUCAUUAUUUUGCAAGUUCGUUGGGCUAAAAAUGCCUCUCAGAUGAUUUUCAUUUCUGAAGAUACUAGCAAGGGAUAAAGAUGUCUUUGUUCAAGGCAAGAGAUUGGUGGACAACAACGGUUGGUUCAGGAGAGGUCUUUGAUCAGGGCAGCCUCGCUGUAGCAAAGAUUGAUGGAAAUUCAGCUUCUCAUGACAAAAUUGUUGUUGGUAGUUUGAAUGGGGUUCUUCGGAUCUACCAGCCUCAACCGUCUAAAGGAGAUAAUCUGAAAGCUGAAGAUGUAGUUCUUGAAGCUCAGUUGCAGCAACCCAUCCUGCAGGUUGAAACAGGACGUUUUGUUUCUGCAUCAGAAUCAGUGAAUUUAGCUGUACUCCAUCCCCGUAAACUGGCAAUUUACUCAGUACAUGGUGUGACCGGUGCAGUGGAGCAUGGUUCUCAGUACCAUCUAAAACUCAUGUAUGAACACAACCUCCAGAGAACAGCACACAGUCUUGUAGUGGGACCAUUCGGAGGGGUCAAAGGAAAAGAUUUCUUGUGUGUUCAGUCGAUGGACGGCACCGUUUCUUUCUUUGAGCAGGAGAGCUUUGCCUUCAGUCGUUUCCUGCCUGGCUUUCUCCUACCCGGUCCCAUCAAAUACAUUCCACGUACCGAUUCCUUCGUGACGGUGUCGUCCUCAUGGCAGGUUGAGAGUUACAAGUAUCAGGUCCUUGCUGUGGCCUCGGAUUCCAAGACCAAGGAAGAGUCUCAGAAGAUGACGUUAGGCAAGAGAAUCACUGCUGACUGGACAUAUCCACUGGGGGAACCUGUCCUUGAUAUGUCAGUCAUAACUCAUGCAAAUGCAGUACCAUCUAUAGUCAUAUUGGGAGAGAGGUCAGUUGUCUGCCUGAAAGAUGUUGGAACAUUGUCUUUUUCUAAAAAGCUUGAGUAUAAUCCCAGUAGCUUCUUCAUAUAUGCCUCAUUAAAUGAGAAUAGCAUACAGUAUAUGGUUGGUACCCAUACCAGGCAACUUUUGGUCUAUGAAGAUGCAACACUCAAGUGGGCAGCCAAGCUUGAACAUGUUCCAGUCGCCUUGCGAAUUGGAGAGUUCCAAGAUUUAAAAGGAGUGAUAGUCAGCCUUGAUGAUGAAGGACACCUGACGUGCUCCUACCUCGGUACAGAUCCGUCCCUCUUCGUGGUGCCUCCACCAGAUUCUAGGGAAAUAGACUAUGACAACCAAGACAAGGAAAUGAAAGAUCUUCAGAGAAUCAUCAAGGAUUCAUCUCAUAAAGCAGAUUUUACUCCUAAGAAGAAGAUUGAUGAUGACCUCACAAUGACAGCUUCUGUACCAUCCAAUCUAGAUGCGAGUUCAGCUGCUCAAGAAACAGAGAUACCAGAUGAAGAUCAGAUUCCUUCAUUAACUGUAAAGCUCACAUUGAAGAGUCAGACUGGAAUAUCUAAUGUACGAGUUCUACUACACUGUCCAUAUCCAUUGGCUGCAACACAGAGUACUUUCACCAUUCCAUAUGUCGGAGAUGUGUCCAAUCCCACUACUACGAUGAUCACGUUCUUUAUGAGAGGACAUUGUUUACCAGCUUCACUUGUUGCUAGGGCAACGGCAACAUACACUACUUCAGCAGGAGUACCGCACAUUGUUCAGUGUACCAUCAAGCUACCUCUGAAGCUUGUAUGUAAACCCUGCCAACCUGCCAAGAAUGCUACACAUAAGAUCACACUGGACUCUAACAAGAACUGUGCCAAUCUGCAUGAUAUAUUCCCAGAUUUAACAGGACCAGAAGGAAUGGGAUCGGGUAAUGCUCUGGGUUUACAGAUAUUUGGAGGUCCCAGAGUUACCAUCCUAGCUUCUAAAUCAUCGCAGAGGUAUCGACUGCAGUGUGAUAUCUUUGAAGCGAUGUGGCCCGUUGUCAAUGAGUUCAUUGAACGCGUCAGGAUAUAUCAUGUGAAUACAGGGGUCAAGGACUUCAAGCUCUCAUUCUCAUCAAAUCUUAUGAUGCAGGAAUAUUUUGAGCUUAUAGAUACACACAUGGAGUUGAGGGUUCACGCAGAGAGGUACAAGGAGCUUCUAGACCAGAGAGCGAAACAGUUCCGAGCCAUCCAGAGGAGACUUCUGACCAGGUUUAAGGAUAAGACCCCAUCACCUCUCAACAAUCUUGAUACAUUAUUGGAAGGAACUUAUCGACAGAUAUUGAAAUUAGCUGAGGGUGUGGAUGAGAAUCAGAAAGCUCUAGUUCGCUGCUCUAUGGGUCUGAGCUGUGCCACCAGUAUAAUAACCACUCUCCUUGCUCUUGCACAUGGGUUCACCGAAUCGGAGAAAGAGAUCCUAGAUGCUAGUCUGUCUUCACAAGUACAGUGUGAAGGAGAUCAGGGAUGGGAAGAAACGGUGGAUGCAUCCAUCAUCAACCUUCUGAGAACCUGCUUGGCUAAAUCAGCCAAAGACCAAGCGAUCAAUCCAGCCCCACUGACCUUGGCACCGGAUACAUCCAAGCUCAAGAAACAUAUCAUGCAGGUCACAGAGAAACUUGCAAAAGGUUCCAGGCUCCAUGUUGAAGGACAGGCACAGGGUGAGAGGGAUUCUUCAGUUGGGCACUCACAUUCAAAUUCUACAUCGAAGAACAAUGAUUUCUUUGAUGAGGAACCUGCAUCUACUAAUAACAGGUCAUCGAUAGAAUCCAAGCCAGCACCGAUGGCAUCCCAGCCACAAGCGCCACCCUAUGAUGCAGCUGCACCACCAGAUCGUACAUCCUUAACAGAUGGUACACCGUCCAGCAAUGGAUUAGGAGGACCAGCCCUGGCAUCACCCAGAAGCCAGGGUCUGGUGGGUGAUCUGCCGGCUAUGGGAGGCAUCGGGGUGCGUGGAGGCUCAUCCCUUCCAUCCCUUAGUGGAGCACCAGCAGGUGGUUCUUCGCUCCCUGCUCUGCAACCAAUCAAAAAGAAGAAGAAGAAAAAGAAGAAGUCUUCAAAACCUCGUGACAAUGAUGAUUUGAGUGAUGACACAGAUCUAAGCAGCAUGGGACGGUCCUCUCCUGACUCUAUUGCCUUAUAAAAUAUUGAAAUGGUGAACAUCUGAGCCAAAAAUUGAAAAAGAUUUCAAUCUUUGAAACAGUGGUUCCUUAUAAACCAUUUUCAUUCAUUCUUUUCCUCCUUUUUCUUUUAUUAACAAAAACAUGCACACAUUUUUACCAAUUAGGCAUAGAGCAUUUUGGUCUGUUUAAUUUAAGAUAAAAAAACCAUGUAGAUAGAAUGCCUUGCCUCAGGGGCAUAAAGGGCCGUGUCGGGAAUCAUUGAACCAUGGAAUUUCAUGCGAAUGUCGGGUACCUAAGACCACUGGGCCAGGGCACCUCCACCUGUUGGAUGAAUUAAAAAUGUGCAAAUGUAUGAUUGAUGUUUUAAAUGUAAGACUCGUGUUACAAGUACAUAUUUUAGGGGAGGGAUUUUCAAGUUUUGAGAAUCUUCGCCAAUGUUUGGAAGCAAUAUCUAAUGGUCAGUUCAUCUAACUGACAUUUUGAUUUCUAUCUUGACCUCUCUUGAUUAGAAUGUAUAGAGAAUAUAUACAAAAUUAAUCCUACUCCAUGAAAAAGUACUGGGAAAUUGAAAUUACUUGGACAUCAGUUGAACACAUUUAACUAUCAUA